AACACUUUCGCAGAGUCCAACGAUCUCAAAGCUCCUCCUCUCUUUUCUUUCUUUCUUUCUCACUCACCAAAGCUAGUUCGUAGCUUCCUCUAUACAUAGAGUGUGCGUGCGUGCGUGUCUCUCAUUCAAUCUCAAAAGCUUCAAAGAACGGACCCUUAGAGAGUUUCAAAACGGAACGUUUUAUAGGUCUGAUCUGCAGAUUCUCCUCCUUCGCAUGCCGUCAUCAUCAAACGGUGUGUGACAUCUGAAAAUCUCUGUAACUGAGAAAGCAUUCGAAUUUAGCGUGCUGCGAGUGUAUUUAUAUUGCAGCAUAAAGGUCGAAGGGUGAGACCGUGAGAGAAAGAGAGAUGCUUACGUGCAUAGCUUGUUCGAAGCAGCAAAACACCAACAAUGGCGGAUCUAAAGAUGAAGAAGAAGAUGAUGACAGAACACCCAGGUCUAAGCAGACGAUUAAGUCCCUGACGUCACAGAUAAAAGACAUGGCAGUGAAAGCCUCAGGCGCUUACAAAAGCUGCAAACCGUGUUCCGGUUCUUCAAACCGGAACUCGGAUGCUGCAUCAGCUUCAGGGAGGUUCCAUUAUGCCUACAAGAGACCUGGAAUCAGCAGAAGCGGAAGCUCUACUCCUAAGAUUCUAGGGAAAGAUAUCGAGUCAAGGCUGAAAGGGCUUUUGAGUGGAGAAGGAACACCUGAGUCCGUGAGCGGCAGGACAGAGUCUACAGUGUUCUUGGAGGAAGAAGAAGAUGAUGAGCGUAAAGAAUGGGUUGCUCAAGUUGAGCCUGGUGUCCUCAUCACUUUUGUCUCUUUGCCUGAGGGAGGCAAUGAUCUCAAGCGUAUUCGAUUCAGUCGUGAGAUGUUUGAUAAGCGGCAAGCUCAAAAAUGGUGGGCGGAGAAUUUCGAGAAGGUCAUGGAGUUGUACAAUGUGCAGCAGUUUAAUCAGCAGAGCGUCCCGUUUCCAACUCCUCCUACAUCCAAAGAUGAGAGCUCUACCAAGAACGGUCCUGCAACGCCACCUCUAAACAGUGAAUGCCCUCGAGGAAAAGGGUCACUCGCUCACCAACCAAAACCACAAACACAAAGUCGGUACCGAAGUGAUUUGUCUGGUCUUGCGACGACGCCAAAACUCUCUAGCAUAAGUGGCACCAAAACUGAGACAUCAUCGGUUGUUGGGUCCGCAAGAAGUAGUAGGUUAUCAAGGGAAGACGAAGAAGAAGAGGAUGCAGAGCAUUCAGAGGAGGUCUCAGUAAGUAAUGCGAGCGACAACGAAACAGAAUGGGUAGAGCAAGAUGAAGAAGGUGUUUACAUCACAAUCAGAGCUUUACCAGAUGGAACACGCGAGCUUAGACGCGUUCGCUUCAGUCGAGAUAGGUUUGGAGAAACGAAUGCAAGAUUGUGGUGGGAAGAGAACAAAGCUCGGAUACAACAGCAGUACUUGUGAUGCUCUCUGCAAGACAUUUACACAGCAAAACCAAACACUUUUAAAAAAAUGCUUUAACUUGGAGAAAAGCUACACACUGAUGGAAAUAAACUGUUUGGUUUGAGAUAAUGCAUUUCUUUUUUUUUUAUAUAGUUGGUGGUUAUUAGAUCUCUUCUCUUCUCUUCAUUGGAGUUCUUAUUGUGAUGACUAGAGCAUCUUGUUUUGCGUCUUUUCAAAUCUUGCAUGAGUUGUAUGUAGAAUAAUGCUUUAGAUAGGUCAUGCGAAGUUUCUUUCUAGUUGGUGAUUUGUUACUCGUUACUCUUCUCUUGUGUACAAUCUAUAAAGUGGUGUAUUACUUGUAGUUACUCUUUCAGCAUAUGUUAACUCUUGGUGUUAUUUAUCA